CCGUUGUCUAAAUUCCCGUUCAGCGGCGAGCAGCUCGGAGUGAGCGGCAGCGCUGAAAGCCACACACACAGUGGGAAGUAAUAACGGCAGGCUGAACGGGAACGGUGUGCAGCCCUACUCCACCGGAAUGAAUCGACCCAGUCCGCGCAUGCGCACUCCGUCCACCAUUCAUCAGUAGGGAUCUCUCCCCCGUGCCUCUUGUCUCGUGCGAGAGAAGAGAAACCAGCAGGCGGCUCCGGGCUCGCGCUCGUUGCCCCGGUUGUCAAGGCACUCUGUGACUUCUCCUCGCGGCGGCAGGACGUUGACAGCUCACAUCGGAUUCAACUCGGAUUUUUUUCUCGCCUCUUUUUAAAUUGUUUUUUUUUUUUUACCUCUUUGGAUAUCUAUGUGUUUUUGGCGGCAGUGACGGACUCUCAACAGCCAACAACGUAGUAGUGAACCCUGCCUGCUCUGACACCGUGACUCCAGACAGACACGCUGGCUGACAGACACUGAAAAAGAAGUGGGCAGAUAACCGGAUAGGGAGGACAGAGGGAGAAGUAGAACCUCUUGUAGAGCGGUGGCCUAAGUGACAGAGGAGCACAUGUGGAGCGGGAACGGGGUGACAGCAACAUCCUGACCGGUAACCUUGCUUCUGCACCCUACCACACGCCCGGCUACUCCAAGAAGCGGGCGUCAGAAGGAAGGAAACGUGCAACCACUCCUCCUGCAGGCAUGAGGUCCUUCCGCUCCUUUAGUAACGACGACCGCCACGUCAUGGCGAAACACUCCACCAUCUACCCCUCCUCUCAGGAGCUGGAAGCCGUUCAGACGCUCGUGUCCACUGUCGAAUGCGCCCUCAAACACGUCUCUGAUUGGCUGGAUCAGAGCAGCGCCGAUGGCCACAGCCAGGUCGACAGCCAGCCAGCAGACAGCACAGAGGAGGAUGAUCCUGGUGAUGAGCCCAGCGACGAAGCUGAGAAUUCAAGUGACAGCUACAGAGAGCCCAGCAGUGGUGGCAUGCUGUGCGGAGUGAUGAGGAUCGGCCUGGUGGCUAAAGGCCUCCUGAUCAAAGGCGACAUGGACCUGGAGCUCGUGCUGAUGUGCAGAGACAAACCCACACAGACACUGCUGGACACUGUCUGUCACAAUUUACCCACGCAGAUAGAGAAGCUGACAGAAGAGAAAUAUGAGGUCACAAGCUCCUUGCCCGAGGCGGCCAUUUUGGUACGAACUACAACAGAGCCCAAACUCACGCUGAAAAUUACCCUUACCUCACCGGCCAUGAGGGAAGAUGAGGAAGAAGAGGAAGAGGAGGAGGAAGAGGAGGAGGAGGAGGAGGAAGAAGCUGAAAUGGAGAAUGGGGAGGAGGGAGUGGAGGAGGAGGCAGAAGAGGAGGAGGAAGUGGAGGAGGAAGAGGAGGAGCAGGAGAAGAAGAACGGGCGAGUGUUGGGUGCUGCUGCGCAGAGAGUGGAGGCUGAGGAGGAGGAGGGGGAGGUGCUGGAUAGACACAGAUGUCUGUUGGCCCUGGCAGCGCUGCGACACGCCAAGUGGUUCCAGGCUCGAGUGAACGGGCUCAAGUCCUGCGUUAUCGUCCUCAGGAUACUCCGAGAUAUGUGCAAUAGACACCCCGUGUGGGAACCUCUCAAGGCAUGGCCCUUAGAGCUUAUUUGCGAGAAGGCAAUUGCCACCUGCAACAGACCUCUCGGGGCUGGAGAAGCCCUGCGUCGAGUCAUGGAGUGCCUGGCCUCAGGCAUACUCCUACCAGGUGGUCCGGGUUUACACGACCCAUGUGAGAAAGAGCCAACAAACACACUAGCCAACAUGACCAACCAACAGGCUGAGGCCAUUACCUACAGCGCACAGCAUGCUCUCAGACUCAUGGCAUUCGGACAGAUCUACAAGGUGCUGGAGAUGGAACCUCUUCCCUCAAAUAAACCAUUACAGAAAUACCCUUGGUCUGAUAAAGAAGGCUUAGGUCUGAAGAGGCCAUAUGAGGAUGGAGCGAUGGAUGACAAGGACCUCAUCAAGAAGAUGAAGAGGAAUCUGAGGAAAGUCCUAGACAGUAAAGCCAUAGACUCCAACCAGCCAAUGAACGCCCUGAUGCGGUUGAACCAGAUCCGGCCGGGGCUGCAGUAUCGCCUGCUGUCCCAGUCGGGCCCGGUUCACGCUCCGGUCUUCACCAUGUCCGUGGAUCUGGACGGAACCAUUUACGAAGCAUCUGGAUCCUCCAAGAAGACCGCCAAGCUCCACGUCGCCGUCAAGGUUCUCCAGGCGAUGGGCUACCCAACAGGUUUCGACUCAGACUUGGACCCCAUGAGUUCAGACGAGAAGUCGGAUGGCGAGGGGAAGAGCGAGACGUCAUCACAUACUAGCAAUAACCCAACACACUCCUCGGACAGUUCCAACACACUGGAGGUGCGAACUCAGGGUCCCAUACUGACGGCGAGCGGGAAGAACCCCGUCAUGGAGCUAAACGAAAAGAGACGAGGCCUCAAAUACGAACUCAUCUCUGAAAGUGGAGGCAGCCACGACAAACGCUUUGUUAUGGAGGUGGAAGUCGAUGGGCAGAAGUUUCGUGGGGCAGGCCCCAAUAAAAAAGUAGCAAAGGCCAGCGCUGCUCUCGCAGCUCUGGAAAAACUCUUCUCUGGUCCCAACGCAGCUGCAAACAAGAAAAAGAAGAUAUUGCCUCAGACUAAAGGAGCCCUGGCCGCGGCGGCAGCAGCCUCAGCGGUAGCAGCUCAGGUAGCCAGAGGAAGAGGAAGAGCGGCCCUCGCGAGAGGAGCCUUCGUCAGUGCUGCCGCACCUGGAUAUGUCACACCAGGCUUUGGGACACCGUAUGGCUACAGCCCAGCUGCAGCAGCUGCUCCUGCAUACGGUGGUCUUUUCAUUGACAAUCCCUUCUACCAGCCACGGACCAUCGCUCCUUUUAUCAUUCAUCUUGGUCCCCAGGAUCUCUUCUCUGACUUCUAGAGGCGGCAGGUUGUUGGAUACACUCUUCACAUUUACCUGUCUGCACACGCGGGACAUCUCUUCUUUUUUUUUCUGUCCGUCUAAGCGGGCCGCCUUUCUAUCCAGGUGACGGACACGCAGAUCCAAAACUGUCUUUGUUUGAUCAGUCCACUGGAGAACAAAAAAAAAAAAAAAAAAAAGUUCUGCUCUAUAGCAGCGGCAGAAAACCGUCUCACCUUCUGACCGAGAGGCUCAAAGCUCCUCUCUCUGUUUCCUCUGCUCUCCGACCAGAUUGUCACUUCAGAGGAGAGUAACUUUUACAUGAAGCAAUACUCGGAUUUUAUGAGAAACGUUCAGCUGCGACUGCGCAAAAAGCUGGGCUGAACUUUGGUCUUUCUUAUAGCAAUACACCUGAACUCCUCUCUUCGAGCUUACUUGAGAAGAAUGUGAAUGUCCAACGGAGUUUUGCCCAACACAGCAUUGCAAUAGCUCAUUUGAUUGUAUAUUCAUUGUAUGUGUGUGUAUGUGUGGCUAUAACAUGACUAUAUACACAUAUAUGUAUGGUAUAUGUUUCUAUAACAAAGUGUUGACAAUAAUAUUACUAUAUGAUGAUGUAUUUAUGUAAAUAUUCUAUAAAAUAUAACUAUUGUUGGUAUAAAUUAUUUUAGAAUUAUAAAGUGAAAUGUAACUGUAAUAUCACAGUAUAGCUUUCUUCCAAUUUUAUAUACACUGAGCAAUUGAAGCUAGUUCUAGGAGAUGCAAUAUUAUCUUUGGUAUUCCUAUUAACCUGUGCUGUUAGAAUGAUAAUGCUUCCUUCCUCCCUUCCUCUCCUUCCUUCAAACUUGUCCUCUAUCUUUGAUGUCUCUCUGAGCCUUUCUGAGCAUGCUCUCUGCUGCCCGAGGUUUGUUUACAUGGCUCGGACCAGAGGUGCUCCCCUACUGAACACACUCAUAAUCACAUUCGUGCACGCACACAUACACACACACACACACAUACACACACACACACACUUUUCCUGUCAGAAAGCACAUUUUCUAUAGUCUCACUGCUGGCAGGGAAUACAGUUGCUACAAAUACAGUUCUGUAUGUGUAUAGUAUGAUGUACGCAUUACCGGACACAUCCAUCAACGAUCAGAACAAUCGUUCAGCUCUGUCCCGCUCGCCUUAGGGACAAAAAGCACAGCUUGUUUUCCCACAUCCAUUACUAGUCCCUCUUUCUGCAAACACACACACAUCCACACACACACACACACACACACACACCUUUCCCUCCAACCUCCCAUGGCAAUCCUCUGCUGUUCGGACGUGAUGCUGCUGGUGGCAGAAACAGCUUUGUCAAAGGGCCUUGUUACACACCUUGUUACGACACAGCACAAAACUACUGGCCGACUAAUUAAAGGCCAGUGAACAUUUUUAAAAAGCAGGACCUUGAAUUGGAUUUAUAUGUUCCUGCCUGAGCAUCACCAUCAUUAUUUUGGUGACCUCUCCUGUGUGUAUACAGCAGGAUUUUAGGAUGGACACAUUUCAGUGUUUUGUGGUGUUUCUGGAGGGAUGUUUGUGUGAAGUUUGAGUCGCCUUUGCCUGAAAAUUUGAGCAAAGGAGAGGAAACCUGGGAUUGAGGAAGUUUCAGCGCGGGAUGCACCCAUCCAAUAUGCACAGUUAUCUCUGGCCUCAUGUUAUGCUACAUUAAAACAACAAAGUUUUGAACAACAAACCAAUUUUCAUUUAGAGAUUUAGACAUAAGUCCGGCACUGGUAUUGCAUCUGUGCUCAGUAUCAGCAGAUACUCUGAGUUGGGUAUGGGUAUAAAAAGUUGGAUAGGUGCAUCCGUAGUUUCAGUCAACAUGACUGCCUGUGAUGGAUUGAGGCAAUGACACCUGCCAAUCAAGAAAACACACAUCAAAACUUCUCCACGAAGCUUAACGUACUCUUAAAAGGAAGACUGACUCUCAACAUUUCCACCAUGAGACACGUCUGAAGCAUUUUUGAAGGCCAAGUCUUUGAGAUCAAAACAUCAAAAAUAGUAGAUUGACUCGUGGCAAGGACGCUGGGUCUUUUUAAAUCAAAUGAAAUUAGUGUUCUGGUCUCAGCUGUCGACCACGGCGUCAGUCAGAGGCUUGUCAAACUUCUCAGGAGAGAUGAGUGGAAGAGGGAAUUUGUUUUGUUGUCGAUCAUUGCCUCUAUUAAAAAUCAUGUAUAUUGCUUAUUUGUAGUCGACCAUGUAGUGGUAGUGUUGUGGGUUUGACCCUUCUAUAGCACAUAUUAAAUAUACAUAGGUAGUAACUAGACUAGAGAGCCAAAUGGGUGUAACAACAACGCUGUACGCACUGAGAUAGCAGUCACAGCUUACACAUCGUACUCCUAUUCUUUCUGCGAAUUUCUGAACUUUAUCACUUUUUUUUUCUUUCUUUUUUUUACUUUAAUAGAUACGAGAUGUCAGUCAGCAGAGGCCAAAUCAAACAGCAUCAGAAGGCUUUGAUCCUCCUCACACUUGCCUUCAUCUGGGCACCAGUUUGAUCUCCUGUGUUUGUGCAAGCUUUGAUUCAACAAAAGUGACGUCUGAGAAAGACACAAUAGACUAAAGCCCCAGAGCCCAUUUUUCCCAAGACAAUAAGUCAAAUCAGAGUUAGAGUCUGUGAAACCGCUGAAGAGAAUUUACUGAAGAUGAAAUGAAAUCAUGCCACCGAGCUGUGAUCGUGUGAUUGGAGGCAAACUGAAGGAUGUUAUGUGCUUAUUUUUUUUGUCCUGCAGAGAUGAAGUCAGGCUUAACAAGCUUUUGCUCAUAACUUAGUUUGAAUAUUUAAAAUUGGUCCAUGUCCAUAUGGCAUCCUCUGCCACUGCCUAGAGUUACUAUAUCUAUAAAAUCUGUAUUACACAGUCAUAAAACCUUCAAACCUGUAAUGACACCCAGGUUGCCACUUCAUCUACAUCUCAUCUGCUAAUCGUUGUUUAUACAUGAGAACCACAUCCGACUGGAAUUUACAGGACUAGAUUAGGGCCAGGAUCAUUUUACUGACAUGCAGCAGCAUUAACAUACCAAGAUGUCUUGCAGAAACUAGAUCCAUCCAUGUUUUCUUGACCGUGCAUCUUUGCAGUGCGAGAUUUCUCCACCGUCUCAUCUCUUAAAGCGUGGGCACUGCUUUGCCUCGACUUCUCAUCCCGACGUGGAAUUCACAGAGAGGUGAAUAACUCGGAGCUUGAAACAGACCUUCUCUAUCAGCUAAGAAUUUCCUAAUUUCCCCCUCUGCCCUCUCACUGUCUCUCUUUCUCUGGCCCCCGUCCUCUACAUCCAGAUGGCCCACAUUAAUAAGGCAGACAGUCAUACUUGAGUGAGCAACCUUUUUUCAUUUCCCCUAAGACUCAACAGACACGCAGGAGGAGUCACCCUGACUACUGACCCCGUCCUCUUGGUUCGUUGACUGGACGACCGCUUUCACAGGAAGGGUGUCGGUGUGAGAGUUGGUUUAAAACUGGCACAGGAGGUCUGGAGGGACUGUGCAGGCUGGUGGAGCUGUUGAGGAAUCAGCCUGAGGUUGGAUUUUUUUAAGUAUCCACGCAGGUUAAUAGGGAUUAUCGCAGGAGGAUGAUGUAGAAAAAGCAAGAGGAAUAAAGACGAAACUGAAACCAAUGCUGCUCUUUUUACAGUCAACAUUAAAAAAGAAAAAAGCUUUAUUCAGUACAUGGAGACAUAAAAGCGAGGCAGAGGAGCAGGCUCGCCAUCUUCCAGCUGUGUUUCCCAUACAGUCGGACCAUCGGGAAGAUGAAAAUACCAGCCGGUACUGCACUAAGAAAUGUCCCAGAAUAGAAAACAUUACUGCGACUGAAGAAACACACUCACAGCAGCCCGGUUUGAAGGCUCAGACAGCUUAUGUCCACGCGGAUAACUUUUCUAGAAAGUAAUGGUUGUUUGUGCUGGACUCGAGGGUCCCCGUUGAGUUUUCUGAUGGAUGUUCUUCCUGUUGCAGUGUUCUCCAGAAAUGCCUCUAGGAGAUCACUAUGAACCAGGAAAACAGGGCAGCCAUUGUAAACACACACACACACACACAUGCACGGAUACCGCCUCUCGGGAGGCAACUACACCUGAACAUCUAAAGAAGCACAAAACACACACGAGCAAUACACCCACACAUUUGUUCUCAGGGCCACCUGACACACACAUAUGCAAGUACAUUAACACACACGCAAGCAAGCACAUAUGUAAUCACGUAUGUAAAUAUUUCAGCGACGGUAACAGCCGAGCACAUUGAGACAGCAUGACAUUCUCUGCUCCGUGGUUUGUAUAUUACACAUAAGAUUGUACUGUACGUAGUGAGAGUCACACAAGUGGUUAGGCCUUGUUUGUACUUUAGGAUUUGAGCCAUGUAUAGCUGAGAGAACACACUCCCACCUCCCCUCAUUUGUUACCUUGGUGCUUUAUAACAGGUCGUCUGUAGCACUGUACAUAAUGGAUUUUACUUUUUAAGUUUGCAGCAGUUUAUCCGUGAGCAAUUUGAGCUUUGCCGUCAGGAGAAAAGUGGGGAGGAGGGUUGUCAACAACUCUUUUGUGGCACCAAAUGCAGGAGCUUUGCGG